GCCUUUUCCCAAAGAUGGAACCACUGGAGUGAAAGGGAAGAGAAGGAAAUAUUCACCUUCUUAAAGAAAAAGGAAUUACUGACCAAAAAAGACAUUAUACAGGAAGAAUCUCCUGAGUCCAUCAUUUUAAGGCUUAUGGGAAAUGAAAGGAGCCUUAACAGAAAUAUAACUCAGAAACUCAGAUCAUCUCAACUCUGGAAUGCAUCUUCAAUUCAUUCCAGGCCCUGGGACUGGUAACCUUUUUGGGAGGCUUCAGCACCAAACCCCAAAACCUGAUGAAGUCCGAUAAACAAAUUUCUUGUAUCAGCAGAGGGUGCAUCGUCAUUAACCAAGUGAGGGCCCUCCGGCUCGCUGCCAGACCCUACGCGCUCACCCACUGGGCGUCAGACUUCAAAGACGGGAUGAAGUGACAGAACCACAGGCAGAGGAACUUGUGAAAGUGACGCAGCUGUACUGUAAAAACGCCAGCCCACGGACUUUGCUGCCAGAGGAACUUAACUGCCAGCGCUGAUAGACCUGAGAGCAGGAUUGCCUCAGACAUGGAGCGAGAACCGAUGCGCAUAAGGGAGGGCUACUUGGUUAAGAAGGGCAGCAUGUUUAAUACCUGGAAGCCGAUGUGGGUUGUGCUUUUAGAAGAUGGAAUUGAAUUCUACAAGCGGAAGGCUGACAACAGCCCCAAAGGGAUGGUCCCACUAAAAGGAAGCUCUAUUAACAGCCCAUGCCAUGAUUUUGGCAAAAGAAUGUUUGUCUUCAAGCUCACUGCAGCCAAGCAGCAGGACCACUUUUUUCAAGCUGCCUACCUGGAGGAGAGAGAUGCCUGGGUACGGGAUAUCAAGAAAGCAAUUCAUUGCAUAGAUGGAGGCCAAAGGUUUGCCAGAAAAUCCACAAGAAGGUCUAUCAGACUGCCUGAAACAAUCAACCUGAGUGCUUUGUACCUCUCCAUGAAAGAUCCUGAAAAGGGAAUAAAGGAGUUGAAACUGGAAAAAGAUAAAAAAGUGUUCAAUCACUGCUUUACAGGCACCUGUGUGAUUGACUGGCUGGUGUCCAGCAACUCCAUCCGAAAUCGCAAAGAAGGUCUCAUGCUUGCCUCCUCGCUCUUGAGUGAAGGCUACCUACAGCCUGCAGGGGAUACGUCCAAGGCUGCUGCCGAGGGCCUGUCAGACACCCCCUUCUUAGAUCUCAGCGAUGCUUACUAUUACUUUCCAGACAGUGGGUUUUUCUGCGAGGGAAAUUCUAGUGAUGAUGAUGUGGUCCUGAAAGAAGAAUUCAGAGGCAUAGUAGUCAAACAAGGAUGUUUGCUGAAACAGGGACAUCGGAGGAAGAACUGGAAAGUGAGAAAGUUUGUUUUAAGAGAGGACCCUGCUUAUCUUCACUACUAUGAUCCUGCUGGAGGAGAAGAACCACUAGGAGCAAUUCACUUGAGAGGCUGCGUGGUGACAGCAGUGGAAGAUAUGCCAGACUCCAAGAAGUAUGAUGUUGACAACAUCCUCUUUGAAAUCAUCACAGCAAAUGAAAUCCACUAUUACUUGCAAGCAGCCUCAUCUGCAGAGCGUACAGAGUGGAUCAAAGCAAUUCAGGCAGUUGCUAGGACUGGAAAAUGAAGAUGAUCUGCCAGCGAGAAGACAGACAACUGAAAUUUGUUACUCAAAACAAAACAGAAAUUUUAGCAUUUCACUGAGAGAAAACAGGAUCAUCCAGAAAGAUGUCCUAAGGCUUCUAGGUUGGGGGUGAGGGUGGGUAGUAAGUUUCAAUACUAUAGUGGGCACUAACAAACUAACAUUCUUCCACUUGUGUUAUGGUAAUAUUUUACUAAAUUAUAGCACAGAAAAUGCCAUAUUAGUGUGUGCUGCUUAGAGUAAUUGGUCUACCUUGGGAAGGUUGUACCUUACACCUUUCCCUGCUGCCACAGCUGAUAGCAAGAAUUUCACCAUUAACAGGGGACAGAGUCAUGUCACUGACUACAAGUGAGGAGCUCAACCCGUCACCUACCAUUCAGCCUGUGUUGUGUUUCAGUAUCUUCAGAUACUUCAAAGUCUUCCCAAGACAAACUUUACACUUUCUUCUUUACCAGAUCUUUUUACUGCUUGUUCACCUAUACAAGUAAUGCCACAGAUUUAAGGAAAGAAAUGAACUCACUUGGAAACCUGAUCCACUCCUUUAUAAUCCUUCAGUGUUAAGGAAGGGAAGAAUGCAGACAGCUAUGGAAACACCACACGGAAAGCAAGUACAACUCAGUGACAGUGGUAUUAGGAAAAGUCUCUUCCCACAGUAUUUCAAACACAAAGCAAUCUCAGUUCAACUUCUUUAUCACCUGAUUUUGACCUUUGCUAAAUUUCUCCACAAAAAUCUGCUCUAGGACCAUUGUUUCCCUUCAUUUAGGUCUCCAAAGCAGUUGCUAGGGUGUCAUACACUGCUGAUUUGACCUGUAUUUUAAUUAAGAAUCUUACAGGAGAAGGAAAAGGAUCCAUGGGUUACUUACUUGAACUACUGCUUUGAAGUGGUUUUGUUUAGGUUUUUCUUUUUUAACCUCCAGCAAUAUACUCAGUCCUUGGUUCUAUGCCUUACUAAUAUAAGAGAAACUUUAUGCUUGCUGUAACUGAAAUAAACAUUAUUAUUUGACAGGAUCAGUUUACCUGAUCAAUCCUUAUACUUUUGGCUGACUGUAUGUAUCAAACUUCUAAGUCUUAAACUUUAAGCAGGAGUUGAAAGUCAAGUUAAUGUCAGAUUCUGCAUGUAGACUGUUCUGGAUGGAGACUGAUGUUUCUGAGUGCUAGUAAACUUCAAAACUUUUAGAACUCUGUUUGUAGAUCUAAUAAGGUACCUUAUUCUUAAGAAUUCUUAUUCAGAUCUCUUCAGUCUAAAAAUAAAUCUGGAGCUAAAGCUUCUUUUCAAUUCUGCUUAAUUAUACCUAUAUCUGAGCUAAUGAACAUGAAGGUCUUUUGCCUUAGUAUUGCUUAUCACAAAGAAAACACAGCCUUGCAGGGGCAACAGGCUGGCAGACACUGCAUCGUCAGGCCCAUUUAAGACAUCCAGAGGAAAUCAGCUUCUGGCAGGCAUUUCCUGUAUCUCACGCAAGUUGACAGGAUUGCUGAAGCCUGGUCUGUCAUUCUGAGGAAGGAAGAUUCAUGGCAAAAAGAUACCCUGUUUGCUCAGCCUGCUUUCUUGGUAAUUGCUUUGUGGUUGCUGCUUAUUUUUGCCUUCAGACCUCACUAACCCAAAAAUACCCUAUGGCAUAGGAAAAUAGAAAACCACCCCGCAGAACCAAACAACAGAAACUUGCCCAGCUUAGCAAAGGAGGGAUGCAACUGCUAAUUUUUAAUAAAACUAAAAAGUUUUACCAGUC